AUGUCAAAAUUCAUUGAAAAAGAUUGGUGGGAUCUGUUCUGGUGCAUCUUAUGGGGUAUCUGGCUGAAGCGUAAUGCCUUUCUCUUUGAGAAGCGUUGCGUGGCUGUGCAGGAUGUGUUUGCUAAAGCCUCGGGUCUGGUGGGUGAUUAUGCAAAGGCUUUGGAGGUGGCUGCUCCUAGGGUGGAUAAAGUGGUGCCCUUAAACCAGGUCUGGACUCCUCCAAUGUUGGGGGCGUAUAAAAUUAAUACUGAUGCGGCUUGCUUCUCUGAUAAUUCAGUUGGUUUAGGUGCUGUUAUGAGGGACUGGAAUGGGGAUGUGGUAGUCGCCACUUGCAGCGUGAAGAUGGGGUCUUUUGACAUUGUUGUUGCGGAGGCUUUGGCUGCGAGACUUGGCCUGUCUAUUUCGCUUGAAGCUGGCCUGAUGCCCUUGAUCUUGGAGGUUGAUUUCCUUCAACUUUUCCAGAAAUUAAAAAAGGGAAAUAGUGAGAAAUCGCUGUUGGGGUCUAUUGUUGGUGACAUUCUGCAUAUGGCUUCUCUUUGCUCCUCUCUUUCUUUCUCGCAUACUGGUAGAAAUGGAAAUACUGUUGCGCAUAAGCUAGCUAAUCUUAGUAGAGAAUUUAAUGAUGUAAGGGUGUGGUACGAGGUUGUUCCUCCUUGUAUUGCGCUUGAUGUUGCUCGUGAUGUUCCUUAA